AUGAACAAAUAUAGUUUAAUAUUUUUAGAUAAAGAAUCUGAAAGAAAAUAUUAAGAAUAGAAAAUUAAUUAACUAAGAAAACCAGUCUAUAUUUGUAGUGCAAUUGGUUUGUUUUUUAUCAGUAUGAUAAAGAUGAUUACAUAAAUUUUGGAUAAUUAGUAGAAUGAAUUAAGCAUAAUAAUUGUUACUUAAAUUUAUCUCAUCUUGUCUAUAUUCAUAAUAAAGUGGAAGCCUUAAUUAGUAUAAUCUUGUUUGAUUAUAUUAAAUUAUUUAUUACUAGCCUACUAAUAUAUGUUAACAAAUACUAUAUCACAAGAGGCCCUAUAAUUAUUUGCUAAUAAUUUUGUAGCUUGUAACUUUGUUAUCAUUUUAACAGUUGAUAUGUGUUAAGGAAUAAUCUUAGUAACAACUACUAUGUUAAUACGUAUGAGUUUGGCAAUAUCAGAAGCUACAACUCCAUAAUAUAAUGUAUAUUUUGCUACAAUUUUACUUAUUUGUUUUUUAAGUUUUUUUAUUCAUAAAUUGAAUUAUGAAAGUCGUAGUUAUUUUUUAUUGAGUUUAAAAGAUAAUUUAAUGGAAUAAAUAUUACCAAUUAUUGUAAAUAAAUCCUAUAUUUUAUUUCAAUUUGAAAACAAUCAAUUAAGAUUUUCAUUAAUUUCAUCACGCUAAUUAGAAUUUAAUUGUGAUAAUUCAGAGAAUUUGAAAUCAUUUUUAAGAGAAUGGAAUUAUAAAUAAUAAAAUCUUGAAUAGUUUUGUUUUUAGGAUAUUAAACGUAAAUAAUCUUAAGAAAUUAAAUCUUAUAGCAAAUAAAUAGAAAUUAAAAAAGGUUCUAAAUAAACAUAAAAAAUAACAAUUUGUUUUUUUAGUUAUUAAUAGCCAACAUUUUUAAUAAAAUUUGAUAAUAACUCUUAAAUCUAGGAUAAAUUAAAAAAUUAUCUAUUUAAAUCAAUAGAAAAAGAGAGAUUAGUAUAAUUUAAAAUUUUUAAAUGUAUAGUAAAUAAUUUAUCUAUUUCAUUAAGAUCUUCUAAUUUAUAACAAUUACAUUUAUUAAGGAUUUAUUGUUUCAAAUAAAUUCUAAAUUACAAAAUUUUAAAUCAUUAAUUUAAAUAAUAAGAUUUUGAAAUAAAUCCAAUUUUAUAAAAAUUAAAGGAUUUUUUCCAAUUUAAAUAAGUAAAUUAUUAAAUUAUUCCAUCAUCUGAUGGUAAAGUUUAAAUGGUAAAAACCUAUUUCUUGCGAUUAAUUUAUGAUAUUUUUAAUGAAUGUAAGGAGGAUUCUACUAUAGUAAUAAAUUUAGAGCAUCGUUUAGAACCAUAUAUACGUUAUUAUGGAAGAGAGAUUAAUGAAUAUACAGAUACAGUUAUUUAAACAGUUGUUAAGACACUAGUUAAGAAACAAUAGAUGAUGAAAAUUGGAAAUUAAACAACAAUUUUAAUAUUAUUGAAUGAAGAACCAAACUACCCAUUCUAAUCUUCACUAUAAAUUUGA